AUGCUAUUGUCUGGGGCAGGCGAAAAGAAUCUCCAGAGGCCAAGAAGGGCCCUGCUUCACACAGAGUUUCCAGCUUUAUCCACACGCUCUCCCUCCAGCAGCCAAUCAGAGCAAGCCAGUCAAAGCUUUCAGAUCGCACGCGUGUUUUUGGCCCUGAUCAGAUUUGCGCCCAUCAGCAUGGAUGUGAAUUUGACCAUCUCUCUGAUGCGGGGCCAGAUGGGCGCUGUUAUUGAGAAAGCCGUGAACGUCGCGGUGGAGACCGUGCUAGGCGAGAUGAUCCGGGUGGUCGGGCUCAAAUUUGAGGAGAUCAAACGUGACAUGACAGCUAAAGAGAAGGAGAAUGAGAACAUCAGGAGGAUGUUGGAGGCGUCUCGCUGUCAGAUGAAAACCAUGCGCAAGUACAUCAGCGUCCUGUCUGCUAAAGACCCCAACCAUAGACUGUGUCAGGGAGAUGGAGACAUGGCAACAACAUCCACAGGGAUGCACUGCAGAAGAGGGCCGACGAGCACUGUGUCAGUGUGUGCCAAAACCCCAGACCCCUGUCCCAGACCCAGAGUCUCUGAACCAGCCCCUGUAGCUGCCCCCUCAUGGGUGAGGCUGAGACAGCAGAUGCACAUGUCCAAAGAAACAUUAAGAAGUGAGAAUCACAUUGCUGAUGUCCAUAUUGAAGAGAUCCAUGGAUCAUCAGUUCAUAAAGUUGAGAUCUCAAGCCCUCAUCUGGUGGACAGCCAGGUGCUUCUGUCUGAGACCAGUGAUCCAGUAUGGGGUCAGAACCCUCUCGUCUCUGCAGAGACUGGGCACACAGACAUGCCAGACAGCAGCGUCCUCUCUGCACCCAUGAUGGCAGAUGAAAGUGUGUCAUCCCAAACUACAAGCACAGUGGCAUUUGGAGCACCUUCACUUAAAAUCAAACAGGAGGAAGCGGAGGUUGAAAUAGUCUGUGUGAAGGAUGAACACGCAGAAGCUGGCAGCAUCCCUAGAUUUGAAUAUUCCGACCCUGAACUUCACCAGCAAGUGGGAGAACCAGAGCUCGGGGUCUCACUAGAUCUACCCGCAUCAUUUCAGGCUCUUCAGAGUCCAGGCACUUCAGCAGACCUUGCAAUCCCAGCAUUCAUGAGUGUGGACCCAACUACCUAUGACGACUCUCAGCUGUCUGUGGCAGGGGUCCUAAAGCAGGUGCGUCCGAGACGUAAGGACCUGAAUCUGUAUGAAGAAUACAAACGCAGCCGAACUCUGAGAGGCCGUAAUACAAACCGACGGCGUGAGCUGGAGCAGACUCUACCGCAGGCUCUGCUUGCAGACUUGGUAAGGGAACGGAGGGAAAAGACUCGUCUUCGAGUGGCCCGCUGGCGUGCCAAACGCAAAUUACAAGGCUGUCUGAUGGCCUCGCAGGCUGCACAGUUUAGCGGAGCCGCUGUGCAGAGUUCACCUGCCCAGCGUGGCAGCCUGAUCUCCACCCGCAGGCGAGGCGGAGCGACGGCGCCGCGCGGUGGGUUUGGAUUCAGAAGGGGACUGUCAGAGACUGGCACAUAUAAUCUGCUGCUGCAGCUGGGGCCCAGUCCUACUCAAUCUGCAGUGGCACAUGACAUCAAUGUAGGCCUGAUGCCGUCUGGCCUCUCAGCGCUAUCACAGCACAGAACCACUGCACCUCGAUCAACUUACCAAUGAUGCAGCCAGGGCCGUUUUAACC